AUGACGGACCCAGACCCGAAGAGCUCGGAGAUCGAGCAAAGAGAGUACACAUCUUCUGCCAAAGAUAUCGUGAAACCUGUCAGUCGCGCCCCGCAGUAUGUGCGGGAUUUGUCGCCCGAGGAGCGACGACGUGCCGAGAAGAAGCUCGUCCGCAAGGUCGACCUACGGCUCAUGAUCGUGACUUUUGUCAUGUACGUGAUGAACUAUCUGGAUCGGAACAACAUCGCCGCGGCGAGGCUGGCGGGUCUUGAGGAGGAUUUGAAUCUGAAGGGAAAUCAGUAUCAAGUGACCGUGAGUAUCUUGUUUAUUGGGUAUUUGUUGAUGCAGGUGCCUUCGAAUAUGAUCCUCAAUAAGAUGGGGAGGCCGUCGAUCUAUUUGCCCAGUUGUAUGGUGGUUUGGGGCACCAUCUCGACCGCGACGGCGGCCACACAUAACUACGCCGGUCUUCUGUCGUGUCGGUUUUUUCUUGGAUUUGUCGAAGCAGCUUAUUUUCCAGGAUGUCUCUACCUCCUGUCGGGAUGGUACACGCGCAACGAGCUGGUCAAGAGAACCGCCCUGCUGUAUUCUGGAUCGGUUAUCUCCGGUGCCUUUUCCGGCUUGAUCUCAGCUGGAAUCACGGGAAAUAUGAAUGGCGUCCGAGGGCUGUCUGCCUGGAGAUGGCUCUACAUCAUCGAAGGAGUAAUCACGAUCUUCAUCGCCAUUCUGGCGUUCUUCAUCAUUCCGGAUCUACCUCGGACCACUCGAUGGCUCAACGAAGAAGAGCGACAGCUCGCCGCAUGGCGUCUUGAAGAAGAUAUCGGCGAAGACGACUGGGUCGACAGUCAAAACCAGUCGAUGUUUCAUGGAGCGAAACUUGCUUUCCUUGACUACAAAUCGUGGCUUCUCCUCGCUACAAUUUACGGAUCAACUUCCUGCGGGACUGUUACGAAUUUCUUCCCGACGGUGAUGAAAGGCCUCGGAAAAGGAAACGUGGAGACUCUCCUCUUGACAACACCGCCCUAUCUCAUCGGCGCCGUGGUCAUGCUGGCGAAUGCCUGGCAUGCCGACAAGACAGGCGAGCGGUAUUUUCAUAUCGUCCUGUCGCCGGUCAUUGCACUAGUAUCAUUUAUCCUUGCAGUCGCGACGACGUCGUUCGCGGCGAGAUAUGUGGCCAUGUGUCUCAUGAUUGGAGGCAUCUACGCCGGUUACGUCGUGGCAUUGGGAUACAUCUCCAAUGUCCUCCCUCGUCCAGCCUCUAAACGCGCUGCCGCUCUCGCUCUGAUAAAUUGCCUGAGCAACGUCUGCCAGGUUUACGCUCCAUAUCUGUAUCCGGACGAAGACAACCCGCGCUACUUGAAAGCCUUCAUCCAUAACAUGGCAAUGUCCGUCAUGACAAUAUUCUUCGGAACCAUCCUUCGGAUUGUGCUGGUGAGACUGAACAAACGAUUGGACGAGGAAGAGGGUGUGAAUAUCCUGGAAGAGCAGGGCCAGGACGGGAACCAGAGGACAGUGCAGAGAGGCUUCAGCCCAUCAUGCACCUCGCACGGACCUAUCCUUCCCCCAAACCCAAAGACGAUUCGCAACGGAAUCUCCCACCAGGUCCCUGUCGUGCGAAUUCCCUUCAAAAUCCUAGCAUCCUCAAAAUCCCAGGACUCAACUGCCCGAAUCACCACCGAACCUACCGCUCUAACCGACGCCGCCCCCACCCCUGGCCCCAAGAUGGCGGAGCCAAAGCCAUCUCGUUCCCCAAUCCCCGAGAACGAUAGACGGAAGGAGGAGGAGAAGCACGAGAAGGAGGAGGAGGAGGAGGUGGUGGUGGUGAAGGAGAUGACAAAGGAGAUGGAGGAGGUGUUGAUGGAGGAGGAGAAGCAGAAGGAGGAGGAGGAGGACGACGACGACGACGACGACGAAUCUGACUCUGACUUGGACUGGGGAGAUUAUGUUGUCAAACGCGGUUAUUAUCGCAACCCUGCAAAUCUCGAGAGAUACGGAUUUCGUCCAGUUUGGUGGGGAGGAGAAUACCCCUACGAUGAGAUCCCGGAAGACAUAAAACAACAUCUGAACGAGGACGGAGAGGCCAAUCACUUGACUUUGAUCGGUUCCCUGCGAAGCAUUGCCUGGCUGGCCGGGAUCGACGAGCUCGUCGAAUCAAUUGAUAGUCCUGCCUAUACUGUCGAGGACCGUAUAGAAAUCAUCCCUUACGGGCGCACCUUGAGGUGGCCACUCGAGCAGUUAGACGAGGAGGGGUUGAUCUCACCACGAGUCCUAGAACAGGCCUAUGCAGACCCAAUCUUUUCCAAUUCACGGCGGUAUAGAGGCUGGCAGCCUUCCCGCACUCGGGGCGGCUAUGAUGAAGCCCCAAAAGGUGUUGGUGAUACUCCCGCCAUGUUUCCCCUCAAGGAAAUCACGAGACAGAAUCGUCUGCAGGGAGAUUCCGGCAAUAUCCAGUGUAUGAAGGUUACCAACAACAGGAAAGGGGCUGAUGCUAUGGAGCAGCUGAUCUGCCAGCAAGCUGAAGGCCUUUUGGGGUCGGGAAAGCUCUUGUUCCGGGGGUUGACUUUGAAAGCAUUGAAGUUAUCUCUUGCUUUCUUCAUCCCGUACCUGAUCUCAUCACAUUAUGACAACGAGUUUGGACCAGGUAUCUACACUUCGGAUGAUAUAAAGACCUCCUUGGAUUACAUUAAAGACGGUUGUGGGGCGCUUAUGGUCUUCAAAAACCCUGACUUGCGGAAUUCCACUGUUUGGAAUCUCGAAGGCGAUGGUUUGGAAGCUUGGGUGGCUCGGUGGACAGACCCGUCAAUGGGUGAGGGCAAUAGGGAUCCUCCGCCAGAGUAUCAGUCUGCCGAUUUCAUAUUGGGUCCACUCAAUGAGCCAAAGGACGAUCAUCGGGGCAAACGUCGGCAGCGCAAAAUCUACACCCAGCUGGUUGCGGUCAGCUACAAGGGCUGCCAGACCUUGGCCGAUUCCCUGUACAUGAUUAUUUUUAUUGAUCCCUGA